AUGCCCAAGGGCCCCCCGCCGCGCAACGAGGCGAUCGACAUCGCGGUGAAGCGCAAGCCCGUGCGGCUCGUCGACCCAGAGACGGGGGCGCUCCUGCCCCCCGCACCGCUCGAGGACGUGCUGGAGCGCGUGGACCGCAAGACGCAGCACCUCGAGCUCGUCGAGCUCGAGCCGGCGCCGGUCGUGCGCAUCGUCAACCAGAAGGCCGCGUACGGACGGACGCGCGAGCGGCGCGUGGGGAAGGCGCUGGGGCGCAAGGCGGAGGAGAAGGAGCUGCAGCUGACGUGGAGCGCGGCGCCGGGGGACAUCGAGGUCAAGCUGAAGAAGGCGCACGCGGACCUCGCGGACGGCUGCCGCGUCACGCUCGUGUUUGCGCCGAAGAAGGGCAAGUGGACGGACAUGUCGCGGACGGAGCAGGAGGAGAUCGUGGAGGGCGCGGUGAAACAGCUGGAGGACGUCGCGAAGGAGUGGAAGCCGCGGCAGCGGCAGGGGUACGCAAUGGCCGCUUUCCUGGAGAGCUUGCGGGGGCGGAAGCAAGUGCUGGACUUGGAGUGGGCACACGAGGGCAAGGACGGCUGGGACGGCCUCCACUUGGUGGAGUCCGCGCUGCGUAAAGGUGCGCGUGUCGAAGCCGUGUUCCAGCUUCCCUCCCCUCCAAAGAAGGGAGCAUCUACCCUUGCAGACCCUCGCGCGGUUGACCCGGCGGAAGUACAGGACCGUUUCGACAAGACGAUAGCCCGUUUGUUGGAGCUCGGCAGCGAAUUCCGCCCACGGGAUACCCAUCGAAGUGCCGUUACGGUCUACCUCGAAGGCAACCGAGCAACCUGA